CGGGCCCUAGCGCCGCCGCAGCCGGAGCCCGGAGCCCCGCGCCCGCCCGCGCCCGCCUCUCCGAUGGGCAACCUGCUCGGCGGGGUCGGCGUGCGCGAGCCCACCACCGUGGAGGACUGCGACUCCACCUGGCAGACGGACUCGGAGCCCGAGCCCGAGGAACCGGGGCCGGGCGGCGGCGAGGGCCCGGGGCGGGAGCCCGCUCAGCCCCCGGAGCCCCCGGAGCCCCCGGAGCGAGCCGGCGGCCGGCCCCGCGCCAGCCCCGCGCCCGACCGGGACGCCGAGGCGGCGGGCGCCGAGCAGGGGGCUGAUUCCACUGAAGUAUCUGCCAAACCAAAGAGAAGUUUUUAUGCUGCGAGGGAUUUGUACAAAUACCGACACCAGUACCCACAGAACUUCAAAGAUAUCCGAUAUCAAAAUGACUUGAGCAAUCUUCGUUUUUAUAAGAAUAAAAUUCCAUUUAAGCCUGAUGGUGUUUACAUUGAAGAAGUCCUCAGUAAGUGGAAAGGAGAUUACGAGAAGCUGGAAUACAGCCACACCUACAUCCAAUGGCUUUUCCCUCUGAGAGAACAAGGCUUGAACUUUUAUGCUAAAGAACUAACUACGUAUGAAAUUGAGGAAUUCAAGAAAACAAAAGAGGCAAUUAGAAGAUUCCUCUUGGCUUAUAAAAUGAUGUUGGAAUUUUUUGGAAUAAAACUGAUAGAUAAAACUGGAAAUGUUGCUCGGGCUGUUAACUGGCAGGAAAGGUUUCAGCACCUGAACGAGUCUCAGCACAACUAUUUAAGGAUCACUCGUAUUCUGAAAAGCCUCGGCGAGCUUGGAUAUGAAAGUUUUAAAUCUCCUCUUGUAAAAUUUAUUCUUCAUGAGGCUCUUGUGGAAAAUACCAUCCCCAAUAUUAAACAGAGCGCACUGGAGUAUUUCGUGUACACAAUUAGAGACAGAAGGGAAAGGAGAAGACUCCUGCGGUUCGCCCAGAAACAUUACACGCCCUCGGAGAAUUUUAUCUGGGGACCACCCAGGAGGGAACAGCCUGAGGGCAGCAAAGCCCCGAAGACCCCCGCCCCGCCCACCUCGGGGCAUCCCAGCCAGACGUCUAUGCACAAAAAACCCAAGGACUCCAAAAAUCCCUCUGCAGCUGUGCGUGUAAAUAGCAAAGCUGCCGAAGACAAAAAAGUGGCACCUAGGGAGCUGGGGGAAGAGACAGACUGGCCCAGCUCAGAGGCCGGCAGUGAGGCUGCCAGGCCAGGAGACCCAGAGAGAGAGGGUGAUGCCGAAAAUUCCAGUCCUCAACCAGAAGAGACAAUUGCUCAUGCCCUGGAGAAAAAGGAGGGUGCGUCUCCCUCUGAAAAAGAUGAAGAGGGGGAAAACCAUAACAGAGACUGUGAAAGUCCUGGAGAGACAGGUUCCCACGAUGACGCACUAUUACAGUGAAUUAUCAGGAAGCCCACAAACCCGUGAGGCCACGUUUCGGAGGGUAGCCGGCUGUUGGCGAUCUCUGUUGUAAGCAGUUAGUUGUCACUUGGUUUUGAUUUUGGAUGAGAAUGAAUUUAAUAUUUAACCAGAAGUCUGAAGACAGGACCCAAUUAAUGAAUGUAUUCCGUGACACUUUGGGGAUGUGAGUUUUCGAAUCCUGUACACGACAAUUACUUUUAAAUUAUUUUCAAUGUAUCUGGAAACAAUCAUGUAGUCUUCGAUAUAGCAAAUAAAUUCUUUGGAGAGACUCCACUCUACAUGAAGAAAAUCAAGAGGAUAAUUUCGUUAGGUUGCCACCCCUUUGCCCGAUUUAUGGAUUCCUUUUUUUUUUAAGCUGUGAGAAAGAAUUUGGUCUUCUCAGAUGUAUUCACAAGAAAUUGGGAGUUUUUUCAUUACAGCACCUCAGCAUGCUUAUUUUUAGUUUCUGGUAAGUGGGAUGGAUGUUCUUGGGGAGAUAUACUGGCCCCUCCCCGUUUGUCGGUCCUGCUGUUUUUCCUCUUCCCCUCUCCAUUCUCUCCCUCACUGGCCACCUGUGUCGGCUGGCACGUGCAUUUCUAGUGUACAUUCGGAUGAUCUACUACAGUGACAUUUAUGUGGCAUAGAGGGGACUGUCAGCUGUAUUAUUUCAAGAAUUUGCGUUGUUUAAAAUAAUAAAAAUGGUUUUCUGUGUUAAGUGCUUAAAAACAAAUUCUGAUGCAAAAGUCCAAGAAGAGAAUUUUGCCUUCUAUGGCUGUUCUGUACAAAUUUGGUGCUUGUUUCUGAAUGCAAAUGACUAAAGAAUUAAAAAAUAAGAAAGGAAAUUAUUCGUUUUCAAAAGGCAUGCAUCUGGCACUGGCAACAAGGCAGUGGUCCCUAAAACCAUGAAUAUCUCAGUGUUAUGCAGACUAUGACAUUAAUAUGGCUUAGUCCACAGUAUAUCUUUAGAAAAAAUACAAUCUGCUGCAUCUCUAAGUUGUAAAAGCUCGAAAUUGAGAACAGACUGGACAUCCCAUAUAUUCAGUUUUAGUAAGCACUGAUGUGUUAAUAUUGGGUAAGAGCAAAUAACUUUCUUGCUUAUACUAUUAUUACUAAUUAUUACACAUUCGAAAACAAUCAAACACUGUGGUGAGAACUUCAGAGCAUACGUACAAAUAUAGUGAAAGCAAUUCACAGAAAAAAAUUUUUUUCACUUCAUUUCAUUUAGAAAGGAAUUGGCUUUUUUGUGUUUCUUAGGCUCUUAAGGGAAGUUCUGUUCACUUUAACCCUCAGAGAAUUUUUACUGUGUCCUAUUUUUAAAUCACAUUAUGUCAUCUUCUUUUACCUUUAUAGAUCAGAGGAUUUUUAGCAGAGGGUUUCUAGAAAAUAAACACACAAGUAGUAUGCUUUAGAAGGGUUUCAUUGCCUUGAAGUUUACGUGAAACAUCACUGUUGCUCAAAUCUGACUUAUUUUAUAUGAAUGUGAGUAACGCUCGUGUUAUAUAUUGUAUUCCAAUAAAUAUAGAAUAUUUUCUCACUAUCAUUUCUCAUAAUAUGACAGUUUUUGCUAUCUACUGUUUUGUGAGGUGAGCAUUAGGAUUUGGGGAAACAAUUCUGCUUUUGCAUUUCAAUUUCUUUUUUUUUUACAUGGACCCUCUAAUGGCCCCAUCGAGCUCAAUAAACAGUUUUACAUCUUAGGGCAUGAGAGUAGGUUGUCACAUUGGGCUGAAUUGUAGGAAUAUGAUUCAUUUGAAAUACCUUACCCAUUUUGCAUACAUGAUAAAGUGUUCACACCACUUUCUAAGUGCAUAAUGUUAAAAUUUUGUGACCAGAUAUUAAAAUAUUAAGUGGACAGAUACUAAAAUAAAUGGAUAUCAUCUGAAUCACUUAGAAACUAGUAGUAUAUCAGAACCCUUAGAAGUAAAAAUGUUUCAUUCAAUAAUUUAACUUUUAGCAUAUUCCUAAUUAGGGAUUUGAUUAGAUUGUGCUGUUUAAUUUGAGAAUAUUUAGUCUCAAGGGAAAACUGCCUGGCUUCCACUUAAAACAGUGGCCUUUUUCUACCAUGUUGUUUUGAAAUGCAUACUCACGUGAAACAGUAUGAUUCCUACGUUUAAUCUGUAAAUCACUUAUGAGAGAAUUCUUCAGUGGAAACAAAUGAGAGGAUGGCAUUCCUUUUGCAGAUAAAAAUUAUGAACGUCUAGAGUUUUUUUCUGUUAAGAAUACUCUGUACAUUCAAUAGUUUUAAAAUAAGAUCUAUAGGUGUGUCUUUAGGUGUGUGUGUUAACGACAUGAAACAACCCUCUGGGUUUGACUGUGAUGUCUUGUAUUUUUAAAAACUACCAUGUGCUUGCAGAAACUUACUAAGAAGCUGUUAUAAAAACGCAGUGGAGCAUGGCCAAAUAACUAGAAACUUUAUUGAAUUUUUGUGAAUAUAUAGACUUUAUCGUUGUACCAUGACUGUGAGGAUAUUGAUAAAUGACUGUAUUGGCUAUUGAUAAAAUACUAAUUUGCAUUUCACGCAAAUAGAUGUUAUACCGCUUGGUUAGUCUAAUAUAUUUCUAAUAUUUUGUGCUUUCAUAUCCCAAAGAAGACGAUAUAUGUGAAAAUAUUUUGAAAUACUGUAAAGUGAUAUAUAAUGACAAGAUAUAUUUCUGUAGAGAAAAUGUUUAUAACCUUAAGAGUAUUGUACCAUUAUACAUUCUCAUGCUCAAUCUCAUAAGAAGCUGAAAAGAAUCAUGACAGAACUGAAAAUAUGUCUGCUUUCUCUAAGUCAGGUCCAGUUCUCAGUUCAAAAAUUAUUUGGUAUAGUUUUAUUUUGGAUUUUAGUUUUGAGAAACAACAUUUUUCAGUUUCAAGGAGAAAACAAAACUUAUGACUCUGGAGUUACCAGAGAAGUUCUAAGAUUUUUUGCUAAGUAUUAAAAAUAUAAAGAUUAUGUUUAAAAAUUACCAACAUUGUUUCUAGUUUUUACACUUUAACCUGACAGAAGGAAUGCUCUGGUGAAAAAGGAAAAAUAUUGUAGUACAGUAUUACGUUUGAGUUACUCUCUAAAAAAUCAUUUUAGAAAGUAAACUUCCUUAUCAAUUUGUCAAAAAUUGGUUGAACUGAUGGAGAGAGAAUAUUUGUUUAAUUGUUUAAAGUUAAAUUUCCCAAGUUUAUAGUAGAGUUAUGGUUGAGUGUAUAAUCUACUGAGUAACUAAAUCAGGCCAGUUUUUUUUUGUCGUUCUAUAAUUGAGGCUCUUCUAAAAGCUUUAUUUUCUAACCUGAGAAAAGAAGGGCGUUCUUGAUCUUGCUUGAUUGUAAUUGCAUUUGUGGGUCUCUCAAGUUUAUUUGGGGUGAGUGGGGACUCUUUGUUAUAGGAGUAGUUUUGAAGAUUUCGAUUUUGUUUCCCACUUAAAAAGUUCCCAUUUUUUUUUCCUUUGGGGAAUAUCCAUUAAGUGUAAGGUAGGCUGAAGUUAGACAAGCAAGAAUCAUUUCAAAUGUAGGUGCAGUUGUAGAAAAUGAUGGCCUGGGUCAGUAGGAUCUGGAAAAUUAGGGGUGUACAAAGGGUUGACUUCUUUCAAUUUAGAGUUCUUUAGUGUUUAUUCCAUGAGCAGAUUUGUGAGUAAUCUCUAGCGUAACAGUGAGUACACCCUGCCUUUUUGCCUGUUCCAGCCCACCCAGCAGACUGUGCUUGGAGACAGACCAUGUUUUAGAAACUCCUUAUUACUGAAGUUAAUAAUAUAAUAAUAUAGUUAUAAAUAUGAA